CACGAUUAAGCAAGGCAUUUCCCAAGGUUCGACUGUUGCAUUCCAUACAAUGACGGUCGCCAACAUUCAAGAUAUCCUGGAGACGGUCCCAUCGCGUUAUCGAGGCCCUGGUGGAGCGGUCGCGGUUGUAAAAAAUGGCGAGCUCAUCGGAAAACACGUCUGGGGCUAUGCCGAUCUACGGAGCCGAAUCCCCAUGACCCCAUCAACCAUGAUGCCGAUCUGUUCGAUCACCAAGCAGAUGCUGUGUCUCAUCCUGAAAGAUCUCGAGCGCAACCCCACGCCCGAGAUGGCGAAGCGGGGCAACGUGCCUCAGCAGUUCUCGGAUGCUCUCCGCCAAUUGGUCCCGCACGAGCUCGUCGAAGGCACCGGGCUCCGACUUGACCAUCUGUACAACAACCAGUCUGGCAUUCGGGAUUAUUGGGCCAUGUCAAUGUUCUGGGGAACACAACCGGAGGGUGGAUUCACCCUUGCGGACGAUGCCAAGAAAGCCCUCGGUCGCACCAAGUCUCUGCAUUAUCAGCCAGGCACGCAGUAUUCGUAUUGUAACCUCAACUUCCAUAUCCUGGCCCGAGUCGUCGAGCACGUCAGCGGGAAAGCACUUGGGGAACUGCUCGAUGAGCGCCUCUUCUCACCCGCCCAGAUGAAAACCGCUUCCCUCUGCGCAGACAACGCCAAUUUGCCCCCGCCUUGUGUGGGGUAUGAAGGGGACGAGUCCUUUGGCUAUAUCCCAGCGAUUAACCGUACUCAAUGGUCUGGCGACGCAGGUGCCGUGGCCUCUCUAGAGGAUAUGGUUGCGUAUGAGCGUUAUCUGGGCGAGGCCUGGGCCGACCAGCAAAGCCUGUAUAGAGAGAUCGCCCAAGACCCAACAUUUGAAGAUGGCACACCAGCCAGGUACGGAUAUGGGUUGGAGCGUAUGAAGUUCGGACAGAUAGCUACUAUUGGCCAUGGUGGAGCUAUUCGUGGAUUCCGUCUGCACCGGAUCCAGGCCCCAUCGGAGCGACUGUCAGUUGUGGUUAUGCUCAAUCAUCAGGCUGACGCCGCAGCGGUGGCGGGACACAUUCUCCAGGAAGCACUUGGUCUCCCUAAACAGCAUCCCCUGAUUUCUAAUUCAUCCCCAAGCUGGGUUGGCUAUUUCUUUGACCCGGAUGCUCAGUUGGCAAUCGAAGUCCGGCUUGGUGGUCCAGGUCAGAUCAUCGUCACGUAUACGGGCGACGACGAGACCCUGAGCCUUGUCGAUGAAUGCAGCGCUCAAUCUGGCUGUACGACUGCGAAAAUCAGUGCCGAUAGCCUCUUCCUUCACCGUAUCGAUGAUAACCGCCAUAUCCAUGCCAAGCGUAUCACUGCUGGCCAACAGCCGUCCAAAGGGGACUAUGUCGGCCGAUAUCACUGUGCGGAAGUAGACUCCACGUUCCACUGUACUGGGGGGAGGGGCAUGCUGUAUGGAUCCUUCGAAGGAUGUUUGGGCCAAGGGCCCGCCGAGCUUAUGCGAUAUCUGGGAGAUGAUAUCUGGGUUCUCAUGUGCGCACGUGGCUUGGAUGCGCCGGCACCAGGUAAUUGGACGGUCGUAUUCCAACGUGAUGAUCAUGGCGAUAUAACCAGCGUAGUCUUUGGAUGUUGGUUAGCUAGAAAGGUCACCUUUGUCAGACAGUGAGUAGAAUUUUGGAAGAUCUGGUUACGCGACUUGAUGUGCAUGUAUAUGGCGGCAAGAGAAUGCAUCCGGGGUCCUGAUUGUCACAUCCUGAUGCUCUGGCGUUGUUUUGAUCAAGCUAUCUGUAUGCAUAGGGCCUCACUUGCUAAUCCUCGCAUACGACCAUCAGAGACAACCGGGCCACACAUUGAGGUUUCGUCAAAGGUGAGAGACCAUGGCGUGCUACCAACGAAUAGGCGGCCCUCGUAUGGAGUGACGGAUGUCACAGCUUGCUUAUUCUGAAGCCGACA